GCACGAUUCGUGAUUCAGUGAGUCAAAUGUGCCCGCGGCUCUCUCCACACAAAUGCGAGACUUAAGGGCUCCGGUCCACUCACGACUUCGCUCUAGACUCUUGACUCGACAUUUACGAUCCGACCUCACAAACUUUACCCUCGUAUAGCCUCGCAAGGCCAUCCUUUGAUCGAGACAUCGAUCAGGCCCCAUCUACGCAUCCAUCAGCUAACGUGCACGAACGAAUUCCUCUUCGCGCAAGCAUCGAACCGCGGGGGCAUACAUUUGUUUUCGCAGAUACAAAAAGCAAACCUCUGAACUGGAAGCGGCAGCUUGCAAAAGUCCUGCACGCGAACAAAUAUCGAUCCUCGGCUGCGCUUUUGAUGCGUCACCAUGCCAUCACUCUCCAGCUCCACUCCAGCAUCUCAAGGCUAUCUUACAGAUCUUCGAUCGCUCUUUCGCUCCUCUUCGUGGGAUACGCGCAAGCAGUUGCUCCGAUCUCUGAUACUUCGAAGCAAGAGGUUGAAGCUUUUGCCUUCUAGGGGAAGAAGCUCGAGCGGGAAUGGGAGUGGCAGAAGAAGGAGACAUGGUCAAAGAGGGGAAGAAGAGGAGGACAGUCCGCUACAGGCUGGGCAGCUACCUUUGAGGAUCAGACCGACCAUCCUGGUAUUGAACGUCUUGGCCUUGCUCGGACUGGCUUUUCUUGGAUUUCAUCCACGAGGAGGCGCAUACAUCCCGAUUAACGACAAGCUGCUGCACUUCAUAUGCUUCUUCCUAGCUACAGCUCUGUUCUAUAUGAUCUGGGACGUGGACGAAGAAGCAAGAAGAGGAUGGAUUUGGCGCAACGCGCCGCUUUUACUCAGCGGAGUGACUUGCUUCUUGGCCGGAGGCAUCGGCUCGGAGUUUGUGCAAGCUAUGCUUCCCUACAAGACCUUUCAGUGGGGCGACGUGCUAGCCAACCUUUUGGGUUCUUCUCUGGGUCUUUUUGCCUCGUAUCACUUUGAGCGACGCUUUCGUACCCGACGAGAAAUCGAGAGAUUGUACCAGCCUUUGGAUGUGGAGAUGUAUGGCGACGGUUUCUCAGAAGAAUCUCAGUCGGACGAGGACGAAGGCAUGCUGGAUCCCGUCGGAUCUAGCCGAGGCAGAGACUCUUCACAGCGACAAGGCUCGAACGGCGAGGGGAGGAGAGGUGCUCUAAAGAAGAGCUCCAAUGAGCCAGUCUCUUCGGAAAGGAGGGUUAGAUUUGGUGAGGAUCAAGCGCACAACUUUUGGUCUGACGAUCCGACCUCGGUAUCUGGAGCAUCUUCUUCCAAGCGAGCUGCAUCAACAGCGGACCUGUUCAGCAUCGAGGACGAGGAUGAGGUGGAAGAUGCAGUGCGGGACACUUCGUCUGCGCCUCAUGGCGAUAGCCAGAGCAAGCACUCGGCCGAUGUGGAUGCGUGGAGGGAUACAUAAGGAAUCCAUGCAUUUAAAAGCCGGAGCAGCAUUGGCGAGAGCCAAAUGGGACAUGUAGCUCCGCCAUCAACCACAAGCGCUUGGAUGACCAUUGAGGUUCCGUCACAACACCCGU